AUGACCAAAACCAACAUUACCACUGAUCAAUUGGCUCUUCUCUCUUUGAAAUCCCAAAUCAUUUCAGACUCUUCUCACUUCUUGGAUGAAAGUUGGUCUCCCGCUAUUUCUGUUUGUCAUUGGGUGGGAGUCACUUGUGAUUCUCGCCACCAGCGAGUGAAGUCCUUGAAUCUUUCUAACAUGUCUCUUUCAAGCAAGAUUCCCCAUGAAUUUGGAAAUCUCUCAUUUCUUGUUUCUCUUGACUUGGGAAGCAACAAUUUCCAUGGAAAUUUGCCUCAAGAAAUGGCACACUUGUGUCGGCUUAAGUUCCUUGAUUUAAGUGUCAACAACUUCAGAGGGGAGAUUCCUUCUUGGUUUGGAUUCUUACACCAACUUCAAGUUCUAAAUCUUAGGAAUAAUAGUUUCACCGGUUCCAUCCCUUCUUCAUUUUCUAAUAUAUCCACACUUGAUACUUUGAAUCUGAAUUUCAAUUCCAUAGAGGGUCAGCUACCAAAAGUGAUUGGAAACCUUAGAGAAUUAAAGUUGAGGGGUAACAAUCUCAUAGGCUCUAUUCCUCCGUCACUCUCGAAUGCCUCAAAGUUGGAGACUUUAGAUAUAUCUUAUAAUUCACUUCAACGAAACAUCCCAGAAGGGAUCGGCAAUCUUCACAACAUGAACUGGUUGGCCAUACAACAUAAUCAACUUACGGGUUCUAUACCAUUCACAAUUUUCAAUAUUUCUAGGAUCGAAUUCAUUUCAUUUACUGGCAAUAACUUAUCAGGAAGUCUUCCUAAUGGUUUAUGCAAUGAUCUGCCAAUACUCAAAGGGCUUUAUCUAUCCAAAAACAAUCUUCAUGGUCAUAUGCCUACAACCAUGCCAAAUUGUUCUCAACUUCAACUAUUGGGUUUAACACGUAAUGAGUUUGAUGGACCAAUACAUAGUGAAAUUGGAAGAUUGAGUAACUUGCAGUUAUUGCAUCUUGGAGAUAACCAUUUCACAGGUGAAAUACCCAAAGAGAUAAGCAAUUUCACUGAGUUGGAGGAACUUGAUCUUUCGGAUAAUAGUUUUAGUGGUUCACUUGAUAUGGAGAUCUUCAGAAUAUCAGGGCUGAGAAAGAUUUCACUUACAAACAACAAUAAUCUAUCAGGAAUCCUCCCACCAAACAUGUGUUCUAUUUUACCCAACAUUGAAGAGCUUUAUCUGGGCUACUUAGCCAAUCUUGUUGGGACUAUUCCUCAUUCCAUCUCCAAUUGUUCAAAACUUACUAAUCUUGACUUUUCAGGCAACAAACUCACUGGCUUGAUUCCCAAUUCUCUUGGACAUUUGACUCAUCUACAGUUUGUAAAUUUUGGGGAUAACAAUUUAAGCAGUGACUCAUCAUUAAGCUUCCUGACUUCCUUAACCAGGUGUAGAAAUUUAAAAGUUCUUUCUCUAUCUUUGAACCCACUAAAUGGCAUGCUUCCGGUGUCCGUAGGGAACUUUUCCACAUCUCUAAUAAAAUUUUAUGCCAGCAUUUGUAAAAUCAAUGGGCAAAUUCCAAAGGAAGUUGGGAACUUAAGCAGCUUAUUAGACCUUAGACUUUCUGGAAACAACUUGGUGGGAUCAAUUCCCACAUCAAUUGGCAACUUGGAAAACCUUCAGCGCUUAAGAUUGUUUGACAACACUCUUACAGGAUUUAUUGGAGAUCAUAUAUGUAAAUUGCAGCAUUUGGGUGACAUUUACUGCGGUCAAAAUCAAUUUUCAGGAUCGUUUCCUUAUUGUUUGGGGAAUAUGACUUCUCUUAAGGAGAUAGAUCUUAGUUCCAACAAAUUGAGUUCUAGUAUACCACCAAGCUUAGGGAACCUUCACGAUCUAGUGGUUCUUGACUUAUCGUCAAACUACAUGGGUGGUUAUUUACCUCAAGAAAUUGGAAAUCUAAAGGCUUUAACAAAGCUGGAUCUAUCAAAAAAUCAAUUUUCAAAUAGAAUUCCAAGAGAAAUUGGAGGAUUACAAAAUCUGGCACACCUUUCUUUGAGACACAACGAGUUGCAAGGAUCCAUACCUGACUCAAUGAGCAACAUG